AUGCCAGACGAACUCGUUAACGGAAAACAAAAAAAUAUUUCGAGUAUCGAAAGUAUAGCUAGAUCACCUUAUCUUAACAAAGGAACUGCAACGCCGAGCUCCACGCGUAAUGCCCUGCAUCUUACCGGCAUCCUCCCGCCCGCAGUAGAAACUCUUGAGCAACAAAAGAAACGUGCAUUGGUCCAAUUUCGUGCCAAAUCAUCAUGCUUAGAAAAAUACAUGUUUCUUGCCUGGCUAAGAAACACUAAUGUUAGAUUAUUUUAUCGUAUCGUUAUCGAUGAAUUGGAGGAAAUGGCUCCAAUCAUAUAUACUCCAACUGUCGGUACCGCUUGUUUAGAAUACUCCCAUAUUUAUCCUUUCCUCGCUCCACCAGGUGUACCGGAUGGAUUAUACCUUUCCAUCAACGAUCUCCCAAAUUUGACUCAAAUUAUCAAAAGUUAUCGUCCGUAUCCAUCUAGUGAUUCAUUAACCCCACAAAUCGCCGUUAUCACAGAUGGUUCUCGAAUUCUGGGUCUGGGUGAUUUGGGUGUUAAUGGUAUGGGUAUUCCUAUUGGUAAACUUCAGCUUUACGUUGCUGGUGCUGGAAUAGACCCACGACGCACUUUACCCAUUACUAUUGACCUUGGCACUAACAAUGAAAAGAACUUAAAUGAUGAAUUUUAUCUCGGUAUUCGUAAAAAGAGAGUAUCCGAUGAUGAAUUUUAUCCAUUCGUCGAUGCUGUACUUAAAGCUUUGACCUCUGUAUAUCCUAACCUUUUGAUUCAAUUUGAAGAUUUUUCUUCCGAACAUGCUUUUGAUCUGUUGGCCAAGUAUCGUGACAACUUGUUUUGUUUCAAUGAUGACAUUCAAGGUACUGGUGCUGUCAUUCUAUCAGGUUUCAUAAAUGCUGUACGACUUGUAGAAAAGGAUAUUCAUCCAACGAAGCAUAGAAUAUUAUUUUUCGGUGCUGGUUCUGCCGGUGUUGGUGUCGCAAAACAAUUGCUCGAAUUCUUUAAGAUUGAACAUGGUAUGUCUGAAGAUGAUGCAAAGAAAUUGGUUUGGUUGGUUGAUACAAAGGGUCUUGUUACUUGCGAUCGUGGCGACAAGUUGGCCAAACAUAAGGUUUAUUUCGCCCGUUCCGAUAAUGAGGGUCGUCAAUUUAAAUCUCUUAUGGAUGUAAUUGAAUAUGUCAAACCUACCGCUUUAAUAGGCUUAUGUUCUACCGGUGGUGUAUUUGAUGAAAAUAUAUUAAAACGUAUGGGUGAACUUAAUAAAAAUCCUAUUAUCUUUCCAUUGUCCAAUCCAAUGGUAAACGCUGAGUGUACAUUUGAAGAUGCUAUGAGAAAUACUGGUAAUCGUGUCAUAUUUGCUUCGGGUACUGGUUUUCCUCCAUUCGUUGAACAAGAAACUGGAAAAAUACGGUAUCCAGGACAAGGAAAUAAUAUGUACAUCUUCCCAGGUCUAGGUUUAGGUGCAAUUCUUGCCCGUCCAGAUCGAAUUACUGACCGUCAAAUUUACGCUUCUGCUUCUGCACUCGCUGAGUCACUUACCACUGAUGAAGUCGAACAAAACUUCCUUUACCCUGCAAUACAACGAAUUCGACGUGUAUCAGCUCAAGUAGCUGCUGCUGUAAUUGUAACAUCUGUGGAUGAAGGUCUUGCUCGUAAUCCAGAAAUUAAUUCAUUGGUUAAACAAAAUUUACCUGAAUGUUUAUCUCGAAGUGGUGAAAAAUGGCAAAAAUUAGUUAAAUAUGUAGAAGAAAAAAUGUGGGAUCCUAAUAAUGAAAAGCUUUUUACUUGUGAAACUUUGGUUGAAAAAAGUAAAUUUUAA